AUGCACGAUCUGGUGCAUGACUUGGCAAUUUCACUCCUUGGCAACAAAAUUCUGGAUCAGAGCAAACAAGGCAAUACUGGGGGAAGCAGUUGCCAAUAUGCAUUGCUCAGGGAUUGUAGCAGGCCACUGGAGUUAUGCUUGACUUCUCGUGAAAGACUAAUAGCACUGCGUUUUCUGCAAGGUUGCAGAAGGAAACUAAGCAGUGCUGCAUUUGCACCUGCUAGAUCCCUGCGAGUAUUGGAUUUAAGCGAGUGCCCCAUACAGAGGUUGCCAGAUUCCAUCGGAAAACUGAAGGAGUUGAGAUAUCUUAUUGCUCCAGAGAUCCAGGAUGCAAUUGUUCCAGAAUGUAUCACCAAGCUCUCGAAUUUGGUUUAUCUCAAUCUUCAUGGAUCCAAUAUUAGCGCCCUACCAAAGUCAAUUGGAAAACUGGAAAGAAAUGUCCUUAAGCUGUCAAGAGAUUUUGAAUCGUUAAUGGCAAAGGAUGAAAAGAGCGGUCCAAGUGAUGCAGACCAUGAUGGCAACGCACUAGAGGACCUGCCAGCCCAGCAAUUCAGCCUGGGAAGCUGGAUUGGCUCUACUACUAUGAAGGAGGAUGUAUCAUUUCAAUUCUUACAAGAAAUUACAGAUGGUUUCGCCGAGGAGCGGAUACUUGGUGAAGGAGCAUUUGGAGUUGUUUACAAGGGAGUAACUAAAAGCAGUAAUGAUGUUGCCGUGAAAAAACUGAAGCUUAGUCGUGAUGUCAACCUUGACUUGAAGCAGUUCCAAAAUGAGUUUUGUAACCUCAAAAACCUUAAGCAUCAAAAUGUUGUACAGAUUCUUGGCUAUUGCUAUGAAACAGAGAAAGAACUUUUUAUCUUACCUGAUGGAAGUAAGAGGUUUGUUGAUGAAUUACAUAUAGCUCUCUGCUUCGAGUAUUUGCACAAAGGGAGCCUCGGAAAGCAUCUUUCUGAUUAUGAACUUGCCUGGCACACACGGUUCAAAAUAAUUAAGGGAAUUUGUGAGGGUCUAAAGUAUAUUCAUGAUGAGUUGGAAGAACCUAUCUACCACUUGGACUUAAAACCUGACAACAUAUUGCUAGAUAAGGACAUGGUGCCAAAGAUUGCAGAUUUUGGUUUAUCCAGAAUCUUUGGUAAGGAACUAGCAUGUACCACACAGCAUCUUUAUGGAACAGAUGGGUACCGGCCACCAGAAUACAUCGACAAAAGUGAAAUCUCAAGAAAGUUUGACAUAUUCAGUUUGGGUGUCAUAAUUAUAAAGAUAGUGUCAGGACCCAAGGACUACCCCAAAUGUCCAGACAAGUCUUCAGAUGAAUUUAUUGAUCAAGUCCGAAGAUAUUGGAGGAAUAGGUUGGAAGCAACAUGUACUGGUAUUUGCUUGAAGCAUAUUGCCACCAAGUAGAAACAUGCACUCAGAUAGCAUUGAACUGUGUGGAGGCCGUUAUCCAGAAAAGGCCUGAUAUCAUGUAGAUCACUGAGAAGCUGAAUGAUCUUGAAUGUGACACGGGCAAGGUAGUUAAUAGCAACUUAUUGAGGCAUACAAUGGAUAUAUAGUAGGAUUGGAAAUAAUCAUACUACAGGGACAAUCAUGUGUUCGAUUCACUUAGUUAUGUAUUUUGAGUGUAUUAGAAAUUAAUUCUCAACAAUGUUCAUCCCUCCAUGAUUGAUGAGCCUAAGAACAUAAAUCAGGUU